AUGGGAAGAGGGAGAGUAGUUUUGGAGAGAAUAGAAAAUAAGAUCAACAGGCAAGUAACAUUCUCAAAGAGAAGAAGUGGAUUAUUGAAGAAAGCUUUUGAGCUUUGUUUGCUAUGUGAUGCUGAAGUAGCACUUAUCAUCUUUUCAAGUCGUGGCAAGCUUUUCCAAUACAGUAGCACUGAUGUUAACAAAAUCAUUGAAAGGUAUCGCCAAUGUCGUUACAACAAGUCACAAGCUGGAAUUUCGUAUGGCCAUAAUGAAUCACAGCAUAUGUACCAGGAUUACUUGAAAUUAAAGGCAAAAUAUGAAUCUCUUAACCUAAAACAAAGGCAUUUUAAUGGUGAAGAACUUGAGGAACUAAACAUGAAAGAAUUGCAGAGCCUCGAGGAACGACUAGACUUAACUCUCACACAAGCUAGACAGCAACAAAUGAAAAAACUCUUGGCACGAGCUGAGGAAUUACGUGAAAAGGUGCAUAACUUGGAGGAGCUUAACAAAACAUUGGAGCCCAAGAUAAUAGAUGAACUCUCAAACCAAUUGCACGCAAUACAAGCCAAUCAUUUUGAAUAA